UAAGAAGAAGAAUAUGAGAGUUGACAGCUGUCAUCUCGCUUUUCCUUUCUUUCCGGUCUCUGCUCCAUAGAAGACGCAAACAUGUUCAUGCCAAAGGCUCAUCGUGUCGCCAUUUAUGAGUACCUCUUCAAGGAGGGUGUCAUUGUGGCCAAAAAGGAUUUCCAUGCACAGAAGCAUCCCGAACUGGAGUCGAUUCCCAAUCUGCAUGUCAUCAAGGCACUGCAGUCGCUGCACUCUCGCGGCCUUGUCAAGGAGCAGUUCGCCUGGCGCCACUACUACUGGUAUUUGACCAACGAGGGCAUCGAGGAGCUGCGCAGCUAUCUCCAUCUGCCACCCGAGAUUGUCCCAUCGACGCUGAAGCGUCCCACACGCUCCGAGCCACUGCGACCACGCCCAGCGACCGGCGGUGCACGCGGCGCAGCCGAUGCCUCCAAGACCGGCGAGGAUCGCUCUGCAUACAGACGCGCUCCCGGCGGCAGCGGUGUCGACAAGAAGGGCGAUGUCGGCCCCGGCGCCGGCGAGGUGGAAUUCCGUGGCGGAUUUGGACGUGGCUCGCGCAACUAAGCGCCACCCAUACAAUUCCAGGCGGCUUUUUUUUGCAUUACAUCUAAAACGGGUUAAAUUCUUGAAAAUUGUUCCCAAAACAACAAAAACAACACCAACAACAACUGGAAAAGAAACAAGAAAAAUGUGUGCAUGUUUUGUAUAAUAAUAAAGCAGAACCAAGACGAUCCAUUAUAUAUAUUAUAUAAAGCAGGCGCAAAGUGAAAUACAA